AAUAAACAAAAAUAUAGAUAUAGUAGAUAUAGAAUUUUUUUUAGAAAUAUUUUUGUCGUCACUCUUCAGUAUUGAACACGGGUCCUGGGGCCGCAGGCGAUGCAGACCCCCGCUGAAGGCAGCGAGGAGGCGGUUCGCGUGGCGGUGCGCGUGAGGCCCGCCGCCACGGGGAGCCCCUGCGUGCUGGUGGACCAGCACCGCCGCCCCGGGGAGGUGCGCGUCGUCGGCCCUCGCCCCAAGAACUUCACUUUCGACCUGGCGCUCGGGCCCGGCUGCAGCCAGCGCGACGUCUUCGAGGAGGUGGCGCGCCCCAUCGUGGACCGCGUGCUGAGCGGCACCAACGGCACGGUGCUCGCCUACGGCCAGACCGGCUCCGGCAAGACCUACACCAUGGACGGCAUCCCGGGCGACCGCGACCUGUGGGGCGUCAACCUCAACGCCUUCGAGCACCUGUUCCGGACCAUCGACCAGGCGCUGGCCGAGGACAACGGGACCACAUUCAAAGUGUUCGCGUCCUACAUGGAGAUCUACAACGAGAAAGUGUACGACCUCCUCGGCGACGACUCGAGGGCGCCGCUGCGCGUCAUGGAGGACUCUGCACACGGCGUGUGUGUCAAGGACCGGACGGCGUACGUGGUGAAGUCCGUGGAUGACCUCCGACAGGUGGCAGCGGCAGGGGUCAAGCGGCGGGUCGUCGCGACCACGCUGAUGAACGACCGGAGCUCCCGUUCUCACGCCAUCUUGCAGGUGAGGGUGAAGCGGCGGGAGAACAACGUGACGAGGAACGGAGUGCUGAACCUCGUGGACCUGGCAGGGUCGGAGCGCCAGCGCCGCACGGGCGCCGUGGGCCGCCAGCUGUACGAGUCGUCCAAGAUCAACUGGUCGCUGACGACGCUCGGCAAGGUGAUAUCGGCCCUGCUGGAGGGCAGCGCGCACGUGCCGUACCGCGAGUCCAAGCUGACGCAGGUGCUGCGGGACUCCUUGGGCGGCAGCGCCGUCACCACGGUAGUGGCGCACGUGUCGCCGCUGGCGGCGGACCGCGAGGAGACCCUGUGGACCCUGGGCUACGUGGACCGUGCCAAGAGGGUGCGCAACUGCGUGCGGGUGAACGAGAGCCCGCGAGACCUGGCCAUCGAGCGCUGCCUCGCCGAGGUCGAGGCGCUGAGGAGCGAGCUGCUGCAGCGAGGCGUGUCGCUCGACGUCCAGCCAUCGGCGAAGGGCGAGGACCCGGAGGAGCUGCGACGGCUGCAGCUGGCGGUGGCCGAGCAGAGGCUGCAGGCGGAGGCGGGCGAUCUGGAGCGCGGGUUGCUGCGGGAGCGACUGCGGGCGCUGCAGCAGGGCGUGGUGACGGCGGACGGCGAGAACCUGGUGGACCGGUGCGCGCGCCAGGAGCUCCAGCUGCAGGAGGUGACCGCAGCGGUGGAGGCGGCGCGACGCGACAAGGCAGAGGCGGAGGAGCAGCUCCGACUGCUGGAAGCAGAGGUGGCCGGCCUGGAGAGCCCUCGCCGCUACCUCGAGGAGGAAGCCCGCACGAAGGACCGAGAGAUCGCCAAGGAGGAGGUGUUGCUGAAGAGACUCGCGGCCAAGCUGGACAGCCUGAGGCGGAAGAAGUGCCGCGAGGAGAACCGCCUGAGGUACGAGAUGGAGCAGACAGAGAAGCAGGUGCGGUGGUGCGACCUCAUCAUCGGGGCCUGCAUCCCGGACUGCUACCUGGACCUCAUCUACGACAGCAUGAGCUGGGACCAGGCGACAGAGGAGUGGAUCUUGCCCCACGCGAACCUCUGCGGCAGGCCGGGCAGCAGGGGUGCGCCGAGCGGCCGGCUGCUGGGACGACGAGCCACGACCCUGGACGCGGCGUGCAGCCCGCGGCGGACCAGCGCGGCGUCACGCGGCGUCUACAGGUCCUACCAGCGGGCUCCCCCGCACCCCUCUCCGCCGCUCAGACUGCCCCACCUCCCGGACCAGUGAAGCACUCCGCUCCUCCUACUCAUCCGCGGGGCAGAUGUACUCCUCGCCGGCUCAUUAAACAACCAGAGCACUC